AUGGUGUUCUAUCUACAAUGGGAGCAAAGAUGUCGUUCUACAGGCUUUCCUUUGAUGAGACUACCCCCCGAAAUCCGCACAAGUAUCUAUUCAUAUCUUUGCCUGUGUAUUCAUAAAGAUAGCUGCGCCAAAGGCGAUCCCGAAGUCUACGAGCAGAAUUGCAGAUGUUCUGCACAAUUGCUACGCCUCAAUAAACAAGUUCGCUUGGAAAUUCUACCUUUCAUCCUCAACUCCAAAUAUUUGCCUUUCCCAUCUUUUCUUGACACAAGCCGGUAUGGUCGUACUACGGAUACCAUUCAAUUCAUUCAUGAUCUUGGGCCCGAGAAAGUUAGACAUAUCAAACGUCUCAGUUUGGAAAUAUGGCAGGAAUACUCAUCAUCUCACAUCGAGGAGCUUUUUAAGCAUUUAAGCAUUGCCAAUGCGCAAAUUGAGGAGAUCCAUCUGCGUACCACCGGUUUGCCUGCACUAGGAUCCACGGAGCGCCUAGUUCUUCCAUGCCAACCGCUACCUUCGUUACGUCUUUUCGCUGUGGUAGAAGUUUGUCCGUUGCAGGGACUUCCACGACUCGACCUUGGUUCAUUGAAUACUGGGCUUGAGAAGAAAGCGAUGUACGAAAAGCGAGACUUGACAUAUUCUACUUCACUUUUGCAUCCCGCAAGCAUUGUAUAUAAAUGGGAAUUUGGCGGCAGAAGAUUAGAUGGAACAGCAUCAGUCAUCACCAACGCAGAUCCAUUGCCUUUCGAUUUUGAUGCGGUAUUUGGGAUGUGA